AUUAUUAGAAAUGCUUACAUAGCCCCCUUAAAGUUUAAAAAAUAAUGUGAUUCCACACAAAACAACAAUGAGACAACCGGAAGAAAAGGAUGCUUUUCCCAGCGGUGUGCGGGAAGUGGCCGAUGCAGUGGAGCGCCUGGUGCGGGAUACCAACCAGGAUCUGCGCAACUUCCGGCAGGAGCAGAAAAACCUGCGCAUCUAUGUCAACGGAGUGCAGGAAGAAAACGGCCGGCUGACCAGCGAGUUGGCCAAAUGCAAGAACGCCAUGGCCAGUGGGGACUACCAGGAUCUCAGGCAGAGCCUUUUACUGACCAACAAAGCCUUGGAAGUCGCCAAGAAGCAGGUGGAAUCCCUGCUCAAGGAGCGGCAGAGCUUGCAAUCGAUGCAGGACUAUUCCAAAAGGACCAUCGAGAACAUGGAACUGGAGCUCAGGAACUAUCGCGUCCAGAUGCAGCAGUCGGGUGACGAUCAGAUAAUUCAGCGGUACGCAAGGGCCAUGAAAAUGCUGGAGUCGAAGGUGUCUGCCCAGCAGGAGGAGCUGCGGACGCAGGCGGAGACCAUAAAGGCGCUUCACGAGCACAAACAGCGGGGUGGAGAGCAACUGCAGCAGCUGCACUCCCAGCUGAAGGUGCAGGACCAGGAUCAGGCCCGGGUGGCCAGCCUACAGAAGCAGCUAAAGGAGUACGAGCUGUCCCUCAGUCACACUCACAAUCUGCUUUUGGAGAGCACGAGGCGGGAAACUACUGCCAUUCGAAAGGUGGAGGAGGCCAUCACCCUAAGCGAAGAGGCCACCAGGGAGAAGAUGGAGGCCAAGAGGCUGGCCGAGGUCUACAAGGAAGAGGUUACCCAACUGGCCAACAACAUUGGCAGCAUCAUGGAGGAGGCCUCAAAGCGCGUGGACAACGAAGUGGGCCAACUGAAGAACAAGCUCAGGCAGAAGGACACUCUUAUCACAUCCCUAAAGGAGAAGCUUAAAAAGGAGUCCGCCGAACACAAAUCGGUAGUUCACUUGCUGGAGACGCGGAACAAUCGCCAUGAGCAGAAAUACAAGGAGGUUCUCAAGCAAAACGAAAAGCUGGAAACCGAGGUGGAAGUCACCUCUAGGCGACUCAACGAGUUGGAGCGAUCUCUGAACGAUAUGCAAGAAGAGGAUGAUAGAGAUUUCAAAUUGAAAAAGCAUUACGAGACUCAAAUGGAGCGCUACUUGGUGGACCACAAGAAUAUGAAGUCCAAGUACCGGAAGGCCAUGGACGACAUCACGCAGCGCUUCGAGUCGGUCAUUUACGAGCUAAAGAAGGAGAACGACCAGCUGGUGGCGGACAACAUGUUGCUCAAAAGCGGCGCCGCCGGAGACAGCUCCAGGCAUCCAUUCUAGGCCAAGCCGCUGAUUUUACAGUUGUACAAAGAUAUAUUUUAUGAUAACUAUUGUACAGAUUAAAUUAUUUUUAUGAGAGCACUAA